GACAGUACAGACACACCAGGAAUGACCACAGCUGUUUUUAUGACCAGGAGAUUUGUUUUAACAGCAAUGAAGUAAAGGGGACACCAUGGAGUCCAAUCUGUCCUGUCUGUCCUCACUGAAAGACGACGACACACCCAUCUACGUCCAGCCACAUUACAGAGAGUCGUACCGUCUGGCCAUCUACGCCCUGCUCUGUGGGGGAAAAGAUGCCUACGAGGAGUUCCUCAGGGCUGAGCAGAUCAGCCACUUCCUGUCCGAGGAGGAGAUAGGCUUCAUUUUGGGACAUGCAGAGUUACCAGCUGUUGAGGACGAGGAUGAGGGCAAACACGUGACCCAGGACGGGGGCCCUUCCACCUACUUCCCGGCCGAGUCAGACGAGGAGGUUCCGGACCUGGAGCUGGGCUGGCCGGAGGUGACGCUGGAGGACGUGGACACGAGCAUCAGCCUGUUGUUCAACCCACCCAGACAGAACACACCGAGCAUCAAGGAUGUGGUUCGCAAACAGAUCCAGGAGGCCAGACAGGUUGUUGCUAUAGCGAUGGACGUAUUCACUGACGUCGACAUUUUCAAAGAGAUCAUCACGGCGGCUCUGAGGGGAGUGGCCGUGUACAUCCUUCUGGAUGAUUCCCAGUUCAAGAGCUUCCUCACAAUGUCGCACAGAGUCGGCAUCAACAUCCAAGACCUGAAGAACAUCCGGGUCCGGACGGUUCCAGGACAGCAGUACCAGUGUCGGUCUGGGGUCAAAUUCCAUGGAGGUUUGGAGCAGAAAUUUAUCCUGGUGGACUGCCGAACAGUUUUACAUGGAACUUACAGCUACUCGUGGUCAUUUGAGAAGAUCAACCUGAGCAUGGUUCUGGUCAUCACAGGACAGCUGGUUUGCUCUUUUGAUGAGGAGUUCAGACGACUCUACGCUCGCUCCACAGUUCCACCAGUUCUGUCCAAGGAAAGGCCUUCGGUCCGGUACCUCAGAGAUGCUGUAGCCCUACACAGCCCUAACUCCAGCCAGCUUUCCCUCCAUCAAAUCCCCAUGAAACCCAGACUGAUGAAUGGCAUGAGAAGCGCUCAGGAUGACCGGUUUAACAAUGCAAUGUUAAGCAGAGGCCUGAGUGUCCAGGAGAGGCUGCAUCUCUGUCCUGACUCUGGGAAUAUGGUCAGAGGACACAGUUAUGGUGGAGAGCUGCAGAAGAUAAACUCCAUGACUCGUCUGAGGAUGGGCACCAAGGAUAUCGGACUUCCUGCUGAGAGAAACGGACCCAGCCUGAGGGGCGGCGACACAACACUAACCAACAGAUUAUCUCAGCACCACAUAAGACACCAGACUCGUUACGGUCCAGACCAGAAUCUAAUUCCUUUCAACUCAGAGACGUCGCUCCACAGGUGGAAAAUUGAUACCUAUUUUAACGACAGCAACAAACCUCUUGAUGCGCAAUAUGAGGCGCUAUCUCCUAUGAUAUCUCCAUACAGCAGUCACACAGGUUUAAAUGAGCAUCAGUCGCAGAUGAUUCACAGCCGGUCAAGAGAUAUUAAAUCCAGACUGGAGGAAAUUAGGCAAAAGAGGCUCAGUCUGCAGGAAUAUGCCAAUCUGAGACAAAGCCAGGAGUCCUUGAGGUAUCCAACUUUAGAAAGGCCUAAAUUUACUUCAUCAAGAGGUCUGGACGUGAGGCACAGCGCUGCUGAGUUAGACCCAUAUAUACUAGUUAAGGACCGUACACUGAACAAAGACGGUGACAAAAGAGAGCAAAUUCUCACAGAUGGUCACCGCUCUUCUUCUCACCAUGAUGUCAAAAUGGUUUCAGAGCGAAAGACAGCAACGUAUGACUGGUAUGAACCUCUGACCAGGUCAACCUCAGCUGCGGAUCUUGACAUGAAACUAAAUGAUCCAUCAGCCAAGCACCUGCAAUCCAGUGGCCUCAACAUGCAGCUCCAAAGACCAAUGGAGUCUCUGACUGGAAUCCCAGAAGAGAAAGAGGCUCCAAAUAGCCGUGUCAACAGUUCAGAGUUAGCUGCACCAAAAGAGCUAAAUGUAGAAACGUCCAAAAGUGACAAAAUUGCCCCAAAGGUGAAUUCUGGAAAAUCUGGUGUAGCUGAAGAAUCGCAAGGUCAGGAUGCACCCAAAGGAAAGCAUGGCUCUUCUGUAGGUAAGGCAGCUAACAGUUCAGGUUCAGCUGCUCUGAAAGAAAGAAAGAAAUCAACAUCAAGUGAAGCUGAAAGUGUCCCGAAGGUUGUAAACAGAUCUGGAGAAACUAAGUGCAGUCAUGCAGAAAAGCAACAAGAAGAACCAACACUCCAGAGGAAGAAUUCAAUGAGAUCCAAAGUACAAUCGACAAUCACACCAGAUGAACGGAAAGCAGGCAAAAAAGACGACAAACCACUCCAGAGAAAGCCUUCGCUAAGAUCACAGACUCCUUCAGGAUCAAUCCAGCCGCUCAUGACAGACAGUUCACUCGGGAAGCAAUCUGCAACAGAUCAAACACCAAAAAAAGGUCAACCACCAAGCAUGUCCAGGUCACAAAACUCUCUCAGCUCUCCAACAGAGACAGAAAAAUUGAAAUCUCCUUCGCCAAUGAAUCGGUUAAGUCCUCAGCGUUCAAGUAAAAGGAAGACAAACCUCACAGUAGACCAGGAACAAGUCUUGAAGGGGACUCUGGACAACGAGGGAACAGCAGUCCACCAGUCCAGAAAAGACAAUGCCUACAGUCGGUAUGAAUAUUUGCUUCGUAAUGAAAAUGUUCUUCCUGGUAAAGGAAUAAGGACUGGAAACAUGCACUCCUCAGAGAAAGACAGAAGUGCCUCCUUGAACAGGCGUGAGUCUGGAUAUCAAAUGUAUCCGACACAAAGCGGUGCUGACAACAAACUGGGACGAUUCAUGCAGCGAGUAGGAAAUCUAAUCAGCAAAAACAAGUAGUGGUUUAAGAAAGUCACGUUGCUCAGGGAUGAGUUGUAUAAACUUCUCAGCAGACAUUUUGGAUUGUACACACAGGCAAAACACACAUAUAACUCCUACACCGAAUAUAAUGAUGAAUGAAGUGAACCCAAAAUAUUGUCAUUACAGAAGCUGGCAUGUUGCUUCUGUGACAUAAUUUGAAGCCAGAAAACAAACUGAACAGGAAAAAAAAAACGAUGAUCUGUACACAAA